AUGAGAACUAAUAAACAACUGCAGUAUGUAAAGCAAAAGAAGUCACAGGAAAAUCUUCAGUCUGGUGCCGUGUCAUGCAUCGAAGUGUUGCAAGCUUAUCAGUGGAAGGCGAUAAAAGCUCACGAAGCGACCAACUGUGUUGUGAUGUUUGUCAAAGAAGCGGAACAAUGGGCUUUGGAAUGGGAUAGGAAGGCUCAGGAAGAGGACUUCACGAAGCCAGCUUUUUUCGGUGUGCCGAUCAGUCUCAAAGAGUGCGUACCG